AUGUUCUUCGCUCGAGCUCUCCGUACAACCACGCGACCACUUUUGAGCAGAGCUACGCUCGCGCCAACAAAUUUACAUGCGAGGUGGAUUACAGACCAAGCCCGAGAGGCGAUUUCUAGCGCCGUUAAAGCUCAUCCGGUCGUAUUAUUCAUGAAGGGCAACCCUUCAGAACCACGUUGCGGCUUCUCUCGAGCUGUUUCCCAAGUCCUUGCUGCAUAUGAAGUUCCACCAGAAAAGUUCAAAAGCUACGAUGUUCUUCAAGACCAGGAGCUGCGACAAUCCAUCAAAGAAUACUCUGAUUGGCCGACCAUUCCUCAACUGUAUGUGAAAGGAGAAUUUGUCGGUGGAUGUGACAUUGUAAUGGACAUGCAUAAGAGUGGUCAACUUGAGACACUAUUGGAAGACUCGGGAAUAAUUCCGAAGAUCGAACUUCCAGAAGAAAAGUCGUGA